CGGUCCAGCGGCGCGGGGCGGGCGGGAGAGCGCGGAGAGCUCAGCGAGCGCGGCGGCGGCGGCAGCGGCGGAGCGCGCCGAGCGGGCCAUGGGCAAGUCAGCUUCCAAGCAGUUUAAUAACGAGGUCCUGAAGGCCCACAACGAGUACCGGCAGAAGCAUGGCGUCCCCCCACUGAAGCUCUGCAAGAAGCUCAACCGGGAGGCUCAGCAGUAUUCAGAGGCCCUGGCCAGCACGAGGAUCCUCAAGCACAGCCCGGAGUCCAGUCGUGGCCAAUGCGGAGAGAACCUGGCAUGGGCCUCCUACGAUCAGACAGGAAAGGAGGUGGCUGAUAGAUGGUACAGUGAAAUCAAGAACUACAACUUCCAGCAGCCUGGCUUCACCUCUGGGACUGGACACUUCACAGCCAUGGUGUGGAAAAACACGAAGAAGAUGGGAGUGGGGAAGGCAUCUGCCAGCGACGGGUCUUCCUUCGUGGUGGCCCGAUACUUCCCAGCCGGGAAUGUCGUCAACCAGGGCUUCUUUGAAGAAAAUGUCCUGCCUCCAAAGAAGUAAUUCAUUAAAUGUAAUGGGAAAGUGGUGACUUGACAUGGAUACGAAGUGCCUAGAACAACAAAAACUCAGCUGUGUGUCUGUCCCUGUGGGUGUAUGUGUUUGUGUGUGUGAUGCAUGUGAGUGUCUCUUGAUGCACACACACUUGGAUAUACAACUCUGUAUGAACUUACGCCUCUCAAAGGAAUUAGCAUAUGAAGCCUUUACCCUGUUGGUUACCUAAACCAUAAUUAUUUGGACUUAGGGGGGAAAGAAUCAGUUUUAAAACUUUUUUUUUUUUUAAAGCAAACUUCUUUUGUACAUUUCUUAUAAUAUUCAUCCGUGGUCUUUUUCUAUUCCAAAUGUUUGUGAUGCUUAGAGGUGAAGUUCAUUUUAUGUGAUCUUCAUGGACUGUAAUCUACUUUUGGUAGAUAUUUAAGAAUAUUAAACUCUCAUCUAAAUGUAACGUAAAACAGCUUUAAACACGUAAAUAUAAAGCAGCUUCCAUUGGAAACAGGGGACAGGCAGGAACUCCAUUGCACAGAAUUAUUGAGAUUUCUCAGUAGUAAGACAUGAUGUCAUCUGCAUGCCUCCUGGAAUUCUCUAAUGGAAAUGCCAAAGAACAAAUGGAGAGAAAAGUCUCACUUCCUUGCAUUUUCUACCUUUAAAUAGCAAUGUACCACUACUACCACCAUCCUCGCUUCCCUCCCACCUUCUUAAAAUCCUCUGGCAUGUCAGAGCGCAGCGUGUGCCUCCUGGUCUCUGGGGCCACCGGUCAGGCCUGGACGUCACCCCUCCCCCCACCUCCACUAGUGGCCCAGGGCCUGUUCUGGGAGAAAGCCCCUCACACUGCCUGGGCUCUUGGCCAAGCGGCCAAACAGAUGAAGUCAGUGAGUGUGGGGGUGAGUGUGAGCUCACCAGGGCCCCCAGAGGAAGCCCUCGGGCCUCUUCCCUCCCCUCGCACCAGGGCGGGAGCCCAGGCCUGUUGCCGGCAGCUGUGCUUGCAGCUGUGCUGUUGCUCCCUCCAGGAAUGUGGGACAGGCCCAAAUGUUCCAGGGAGAUAUCCCAUGUGGGUGGGGGCUUAGCGUCGCCAAUUUGGUUCUAUGUUUGGCCUCCAACUAUACAAAGUUCCCCCUGAAUAACGAUUGCACAGGGUCCAUGUGGGAGGAACCCCAGUGCCAAGCUGGGUGUCCUGAAAGCCCGGCCCCUCCAAGUGUUAAGACAGCAAGGGGGGGAGUUAGGAGGCUGCCACCUCGGGAGACGUGCUUCUGUGCUGCACUGUGAACACAGCCUCGUGCUGUGCCCUUCUUCUCACCCAGGGAUACUAAGACAACAAUAAAAUCUUUUUCUUUUGUGUAA